AGCGGCGGAGAGGCGCGCGAAGAUGCCGGUGCGCGCCGAGUCGCGCCUCGUGCCGCCGCCGCCCAUCAACACGCACCAGCCCGGCGUGAACACCUCGCUGCUCUACAGCGGCUCAAAGUUCAGGGGCUUCCAGAAGAGCAAAGGCAACGCCUACGACGUCGAGGUCGUGCUCAAGCAUGUUGACACGGAGAACGCAUUUCUUUGUGGAUAUUUGAAAAUUAAAGGUUUAACAGAGGAGUUCCCGGUUCUAACAACGUUCUUUGAUGGCGAGAUAAUCAGCAAGGGUCGGCCCUUUCUCACCAGGAAGUGGGAUGCGGACGAAGAUGUUGACCGCAAGCACUGGAGCAAGUUCCCAGCAUUUUUGCAGUAUGGUAAAACGUUCAACUCGGAUGAUUUUAAUUUUGAAGAACUAACAGAGAGCGACUUCAUCUUCAUGCGAUGGAAGGAGCAUUUUCUGGUACCGGACCAUAAAAUAAAGGACAUUAACGGAGCUUCGUUCGCUGGCUUUUACUACAUCUGCUUCCAGAAGUCUGCGGCCACUAUUGAGGGCUACUACUAUCAUCGCAGCUCAGAAUGGUUUCAAUCUCUGACGCUCACUCAUGUGACCGAGCACAGCCUUCCCAUCUACGAGUUCCGGUGACCAGACGUCAUCGCCGGUGGUGGCGGCGGCGGCGGCAGCAGCAGCAGUGAGAGGUGGUUGGGGCAGGAUGGUGCUGCCCAUGCGGCACUGCCCCAUCUCCACAUCUGCACGGGAGAUCUCAACCUGGUGAGAGAAGGCCGUAGUAAACAGAAGAGGCCAGGAGGUGCAGGCAUCUGAGCACGCCAACACACGACAGGGCGAUGCAUGGGGGCAAAUGCGACGUCCUGACACAUAGCCGCACUUGCUCGAGUGGCAGGGCAGAGGGGCCCCCACUUUUGACCAAUGUCGUUUUCUUGGCACUCGUCGCUUCGAACAUUUAACAGUGUUGAACCUCGCCUGGUUCGCAGGCCAAAUCUACACCAACCACCAAGGAAGGAAGUCUUACGAAUCAGUGUUUGAAUCGGUUUAUUCAUUUGGUGCAGAUCGCUGAAACUAAGACAGUGUUCAAACUCGAUUUACUGGGGUUGUUUUUUUUCCAAAUGGAAUCUGAUACAACCAUCGGAUAACUAAUUUUGCGGUUGUUGUGGAGCUUUGUGGGCAAAAUAAGCAGGCUUCUGUUCAUCUUUCUCCCGAAAAAAACGUAAAACUGGUGCGGAGUUUGGUGGCUUAAACAUAUGCCGUUUCAUAAAUAUAGUCCAGAAGUUACAUAGUGCUGUGGACUACAAACGUUUUUAAAUCUGGAGAGAUAUGGACAGCUGUCUGAUUUAUUUUCUAGUUACCUUUAUUAGGUAUUCAAGUUAUUGCUCACCUGAGCAAUCCUGGUUUGUUGGUGUUAAUCCUGGAAUGUGAUUUUCAUCUUGGACAUAACAAGCGGGUGAGAGAUGCAUUAUUGGAAAAAUCCAAGGCAAGCUCCCACAAUGGAUUUCAAAACUAAAACUUUAAAUAAUGACGAGGUAUUGAGCCCUUUGAAAAACAUUUUUUUUUUUUAUUUUGCGAAGGCAAUGUUUAUGCAUGUGGCUGAUGUGAAUAUGUUCGAGAUGGAAAUUGUUGGCGCAUGCUGUUAUAACAACACCACAAAUUAAUUUUGAGGGCGUGUGUUAUUAGACCCUUCUGGCAAUCCCUUCAGUUCAAACCACAACUAUCAAAAGGAAAUAUCCAUGAACAUGUCUAAUGAUAAUCGGCAUCCUGGAUAGAAAGUACACCCAGCUAUUUUACUCUUCUGAUAUAAAUAUAAUUGCCAAGCGUUAUUCCCUCUAGUGCUUGGGUCAUUGAUCAUUUGUUAUAUAUAUAAAAAAAAAUUGGAGUCUGAAUGUAAUCCCAAUAAAGCAUCCUUUAUUAUAUAGGGUACACCAUGUUAAUGUGAUUGUUGAAAAAAAGUAUUUUUACCCUCAUUGAAUGUUAAAGAAAACAUGGUACUUGAUUCCCUCAUACUGUAUACAUCCAAAACAUGUAACCAGUUGGAGACCUGAUAGGAGUCACUUAAAGCAUUUGCUUGUGGUUGUAGGUAAAUUGGUAAAGACUAAUAUUGUCACGUGCCUCUCUGCAGAUUAUAAUACGUGACUUAUACAGCACUUUGAUUUACAUUCGAAUUAACUUCAAGCUGUGGAUUAUUUUUUUUAAGUUUAUGGAGGCGGAAUGAAUUAUGCAAGUUGAAGUAUUAUUCUGAACAUCGAUUUAAAAAUCAAAGACAGACACGCCGUUUAUUUUUUAGACUGCAUAGAAUUUUCCUGGGCACCCACAGGGGCCUCCUCGAUCAUCGUGUGGAUUUUCACGUUGUGGCUCCGUACGCUCGACGAUCAUUUCACAGCACUUAUUUGGAACAUCAACAGCGGUUUAUGCAAAAGUAAGGAACAGGUGAAGCGAGCGAGAGGUGUGUUUAUGUAUUUUGUUUUAUUUUCCAAGCCGCAUUUAAAUCUGACGACGCGUUAAUCGCUUCCAGUGCCUUUAAAACCAGGUAGGUGCGCCCUCGGCGCGUGCACCUGGCAGAGGUCGCAAACGGGUUUUGAUUCCUUACCCGUACCCGGCCGCACCAGGGUCGCAAAUGGGUACCCGUACCCGGCCGGGUACGGGUACCCGUUCCCUACCCGUACCCUACCCGAAAUGAGUGACAAACGGUUACUCACCAAUGACUCACGGCCUACCCGUACCCGUACCCGGCCGCACCAGGGUCGCAAACGGCUACCCGUACCCGACCGGGUACGGGUAGCCGAGUAUCGUGUAGGGUACGGUAUCGGGUACCCGGUUGCGACCUCUGGCACCUGGCACCCAUCGCGUCGUGUGCCAUGAUAAUUUUACAUUCUCUUAUCAAGUUGCCGCUUCGGUAAACUUGAUACACGAAUGAAUGGUUGGUGAAACAACAGCGGGAUGUUUGUUUUUAUUAACCGUUGCCGAGAGGAAACGAAAAUGGUAACUUUACAGCCAACUAGCCCGUGACAUUUGGAAAUAUGCGUUUGCUUCUUCGGGCUGAGAUGACACUUCUCAUGUAUAUGCAACAUUUUCUUACCACAGGGCUUCCCGAACCGUUAAGCUAUCAAGACUUAGCCGUGUCCCUUCGUAUGGUUUUGAGCCUGAGCCUUGCUUCUUCCAUUUGCGUACAAUUGUGACGUGAUCUCAAGUUAGACUUCUUCAAGAACGGUUCCAACUCGUUCGGUCUGAAUACCCAUUGUGUGUUCAUGACAUUUGUGUACAUCAGUCGUGAAAUAAUUGAUUAAAGCGGUGGAUUAUUUAAAAAAUAUAUAUUAAGAUCGAUUAAUCGGCAAUCAUGUUGAAAUGGUGAAUGCCAGGCAUCUGGCCCUCAAAAUCCUGAAACUGCGCAGUGCACGCGAACUCCGUGAUGGAACGAUGAUGACUCCAUCAAUGUCCGCCCAUCUUCACCUCGCACAUAUGAGCCACAUAGCGUGACUAUUGUUUAUUACAUCUGCAACUGAUAUUCUGAUUAGAGAUACAACAAACAUACAUAUGCAAAUUACAUGCACAUUUUGUUGUUGAUUACUCAAAGCUAUAAUCGAAUUAAUUGAUAAUUUUAAUAUCAAGUCUAAUGCGCAUUGGAACCUUGUUUGACAUUUACAGCCAAAAGCAGGUCCAGCCCAGGGUUUUUGGUUGUUUCGUCUGCUCAACAGCGACGUUAAAGCUUUGAACGCCUUGGGUUUUUUCCUGCCUUGAAUCUGUCUCGUCACGUAAGAUAACUGCAGUUUUGUUUCCUUUCGGAGAUUUCUUUGCGACACAUCUACAUCUGGUUCUCUACCUUCCUACUCUUUUGUUCAACUUUACACACAUAUAUGUCGUGCCAAAUAUGAUAUUCUGCUCUUAGUCUCAUUACAUGUCCAGGCCAUUGCAGCAUUUUCUCCUAGAAUAAUUGACACAACCGUCUUAAUUAUUGAUUUACAUCGAGCUGUUUACAUCUUUCCAGAUCUUGUAGCGAUUUCCAGUUCGGGGCGAUAUGGUCUAAAUAGCACUUGGCCAUGCCAUUUUAAUCCUGCCACUGCUUUGAAGCUGUCCUUAAAAUGCCUUGCGGACAUGGGGGCGUUUGUGCAGUGACCGAGUGGCGCUUGCAUACCACCUGCCCGCUUUUAGCCCCAUUUUGCACAGCGAUUGCUCCACAGAGACCUCUGACCUCAUAGCGUAAUACAAGCCUACAACAAUCCACUGAGCUGUCUCGCAUUAAAAUCACGCAUUACACAAUGUGUAUGUCCAAUAUUACCGUGUCACAACGAACCAUGACUGUAACGAAUACCCGGUUUAUAAUGAACGUAGCUGCGGGAACGCAUUCUCUUGCGUUGAUUUAUACCUCCAUACAGCAAUUACGCUAGCAACCCCAAGCUUAUAACGAUCGUACGUGCUGCCAAAUCUCCGGUCGUUUCCCUUGGUGUCCGAUACAGUACUCUACUGUAUACGGUACUAGCGUGUGAUGUUUUUGAUGUUGUAUUUGACAAGGAGACCUGUACAAAUUUACACUGGUGUGGCGAUGCAUCGACCGUCUCCUGUUUCUUCAGAGGCCCAGUUCAAAUUGUCAUUAAACCCUUUGCUGUCUAGCGAAACGCCCCUCUGAUAUAGUCGUGAACUUUGUUCCAGGUCCGCAAGUGGUUUGUUACAAUGGGGUAAUACCUCUCUAAACACACAUGCAAGGUAUGAGCGCAGACAUGUAAGAAAUUAUCCCUGAGAGGUUUUUGGGUUAGAUUGUGUGAAUAUUAAGUGUUUUUUGUUAUUUUCUUUGAACCUAUCUACGUGACUUUACCGAAAGACCAAAGAAUAUAUAAGUGUUGUUAAACCUGCCACCACCCGACACAGCCAAUUAGUAUGGUUUGUAAUGACAUCGUAUGUAACUAUAUAAGACCGAAACAGGAGGAUUUCUCCAUAACUGGCUGUCAUCUUAUGAUGCUCGUUGUAAUUACUGGCAACACAUCAUACUCGAAUUGUAGACGCUGUGGGUUUACUUUCCAACACACCGGUGUGCUGAACUGGUAACGAAUUAUAUUCUUGGUUCUUUCGGUGAAGUCACGUAGAAGGGAAAUAAUAAAAUAAUACAAAUUUUAAACAAUUCAAUUCUCACGACGUUUCGACUGCAAUACAAGCAAUCAUCAUCAGUUGUGAAAUCCAAAGCAAGAAAAUUUGACCGCCACUUUUUACUAAUUUUCUUGCUGUGGAUUUCACCUGAUGAUUGCUUGUGUUGCAGUCGAAACGUCGUGAGAAUCUUAUUGUUUUAUAUUUUAUUAUUUCCCUUCUACGUGACUUUACCGAAAGAACCAAGAAUAUGGAAUCCCUGCAGUCACGGAAGCUUUGAAUAAUUUUUUUAGUAACGAAUUGUCAUGUUUUGAUCACGUGACAAACUUUACGAAUUGUCUGUCGGGUGGUGGCGGGUUUAACGACACAUUUACACAAUACAACCCAAAAACUCUUAUGGAUAAUAUUGUGUUAAACUGUUAGAAAUUGUUCCCGACCUAAUUAAGGUGGAGUGCACAUCGUUUUCUAUUCAUACCAGUGCCUGCCGUGCAGUACAUCUCGAGGUGUUGUGUGAAGCAGGACACGUGUCUAGGAUGGAGGAGGGAAAUGUUACCAAGGCCGGCAUUGUCAUGGCACCUCGAAUAAGCCUGUGAUCAACAGGGCAUGUUACCUGGAGGCCAGCGUUCACUGUAACCAGUUUUGGACAUGGCACAAGGUGAACAAGCGGCAGUGUUGAUGUAGACAUUGGUUUCUUGAUCUGUGCGUAUUAGGGUGCCGCUCAAUAUGAAUAUGGAAAAAUGAAGUGUCAAGAUUUCUUGGAUCGCACUCCCCCGUAAUUUGUUACUAUGGGUGUAAAAGUUAAGCUAAGAAUGUCGUUCUAAUCUGUUAGUAUUUACAGGUUGCUCAGGAUUUGCCACUAUUUGCAUAUAUGCCCUAUACUAUGACUAUUGCCUUAUGCAUUUUUAACUCCGUUGAGCAACCGGUAAAUCGAGGGAUUGUCUUUAAACUUAGAAGUGCUUCAGUUUAACAGUCAAACGAAUAACGCCAGGGAGGCAUGACUUUGUGCCCAAGUGAGUGUACAAAGUCUAAAUGUUUUUGUGAGCUCAUCGGUAAAUGUGAUUUUCUAUGGUCACGUCUACGAUUCUUUUCAAAAUUCAUCGUCGCGUUUUCAAGCGUUGCUGUAUCGUCGGUGAUCGAUGCAGUAAAUGUGUGGCCUUACGGCACGGUACCGAUUUCUCCAUAGGAUAACCUUUGUUGGGUUAUUUGCGAGUGGUGCUUACCAGUUGGUAUUCAGCUCCCUCCAAGGAAUAUAAGCAAGGAUGUAUUCGGUUAAUAUGGAGGGAGCAUCAACCCUGCCCAGGAUUUCAACUCCCUAACCUCAUUGGGCCAGCUGCUACACCUCGUGUGCUAUCGGCAGUCGCAUCAGGGGGGGGCCAGGACGAGUGAAAUGUGAACAGUUAUUCAAUUGGCAUCGGUGCUGUGUUGUUUUGCGAGACACCGGUCAAUUUCUACAUCUUCCAGCAGCAAGAAUUUUUCAUGGGAUAAUUUUUUUAUUUCAACGGUUACAAUGCAUCUUACGGUAGCAGUUUCUUGUAGGUUGGUGUGGGUGUGUUUUUAGGUCGUGAUCGUGUUGGUACCGCGAGUGAAAAGAGGCUGAGUGAUGCAAUUGCCGAGUUACCGACACGGAUUGUGGAUGUUUGAAUUUUCGCGAUUGGUGAGGCACCGUGAGAAUGUAACGCACCAAUAAAGUGCUGCGAAAUGGCAGUUCUACGCAAUUUAUUUUCAAACCACGUCUAUUGAGCUGGUGGAAGUUGAUUAUUACAUGAUCCAUAUUUUAAUCAAAAUUUACUCGCAAGAUUUUUCACGUGAUUUUGUGUUUGCGUACCAGGUCGAGUGUUAAGGUUUAAUUUAAAGAGGCAGCCUCUUUAAAGUGUCUCCGUGUCCAAUUCCUUUGCUUGUAUUGUGUAAUUGUUUAUUUACGCACACACUACGAUUUUUAACUCUGAAUACAAUACAAAUAAUUCAGGUAACAAUUACGCUAAUUACCUGUACACAGUAAUAAUCCAUGAUCAAACACACUGGAGUAUGAUAACGGAGAAGUGAAUGUAUGUGGGGGUUUUUUUUUUUUCCCCCUGCAAUUGUUUUGAUUUUCUUUGCAUGCAGCUUUACUCUUGUGGAUGUUUUAAGCAGAAUGUGAAUCUGUUGGUCUGUACAAGGCAACUUAAUUGUUUUUUUUUUACUUUGGAUUUCACAAAGACGUCUUAUGCCUCAUUUCCACAGCCACGGGGGUGGGGGGGGGGACCCAGUUUCUACUCGCCAGGAAUCGGGCACCGGGCCCCAGAGUUAUUGCGCUCUUUACCUACGAAAAAGCCUCAUCGAGUCUCCUUUUUAGGAAGCGCCUGGCAAGUUUUCACAAUGUUACUGCGUGUAAUCGCAAAUUAAUAAUUUACAAGUAAUUUUUCAGAAUUGGGAUGUUUGGCCAAUGCCAGUUUCAUUGGACGUUUAAUUUUUUUGAGCUUGCGGGAGGAAACUGCAGAACCUGGUGGAAACCCAUACGGAACCAAGAGGAGAGAAAAUACAAUCUCAACAAGGCACCCAUGUCCAGAAUCGAACACAGGAUCUGUUAGCUGAUGCACGAGUCUGAGAUUUUGAGCCGUGAAGUUCUGUGGUUCUGCCACUGCUGCUCCCAUCAUUCUUGCUGCUUCUACCCUUACUCUUCGUGGCCAGAGGUGCUAUUGAGAAGGCUGCAGUCUGGAACUUGAUGGGGAUGUGAUGGCCUCGAGUUGCUGUGAUACGGCUUUAGUACGAUAUCGCAUCAUGUAAAAGCCACAAUUAUCUUAUGCAUGGGCCAUUUUAUUUUGUAUUCCCUUAUGAUGUUAAUGCAAUUUUGAAUAAUAUUCACAAUAAUAAUUGGAGUUCUAAAUAAGUAGCCAUUACCCAUGAAAUUAGGGCUUUGCACAUUUCCAGAUAUUGAUGUCAAUGUGGUUGUGUCACCAUUUUUCCAACAGCAUUAUAAGCAUUAGCGAUUGCAAAAUUGCAAUAAUUAAAGACUUAUGGCUGGCUUAUGUUGAGUGAACUGCAGUUGAAUAACUUGGAAGCAAUAAUUCAUUUUUAUAUGUAUCAAAGUGCAAAAACAAGACAAAUGUGAAAUACAAUUACAAAGUUAAGGGACACUCAUUGCAGUAAUCAUCACAUUGUCAAAUGUAAUUUUGUAAUGUAUUGCGAAAAAACUAUCACAGCAACCCGAGUUCACCCAAGUGGACGAGCUGUGGGCUCGGUGCAAUGCAAUCUCACCAUGGUUGCCCGGUUCUCACUGUAGAAAUGAGGCUGAAACUGAGGAAGACACUUUCACAAAAUUGAAAGUAUCUUUUUAAAAAACAAAAAUCAUGACCAGGUCUGGGCUGAGUAAAGUACUCGAGCGGAUGAAGUCAUUAAGGGUUAUGCAAUUCUUCGACAUUGACUGCGUUGUAACGAUUUACCUCUGAUUAGCAGGGUCGGUUGCGUAUAGCGCGAAAGAAGUUCAACGUACUAUGAAUGAGACGAAACAAUAAUAAUAAUGGUGUACUUUGUGCGACGGCGCGGGUGGAGAUGAUGUAUUGUGAAUGUAUCCCCAUGAGAAAUGUUCGGGUGAUUUUUCGAGGCGCGUGCAUGCAGCGUUGUCACACGUCGGCGACUGGUGGUGCCAACCCCUCGCACGACCGGAUCUUUGCCCGUGGUGUGUGCCAUACUUAAGUCACACCGUGCUUCCAUUUCUCUAUUGACCGGACUAAGGUUUUACCGAAGGGUUUUUUUAUGUUUUGUAAUAUGCAUAUUUUAAUUAUGUAUAUCCAGAAAUGACAAAAAUAAAACAACUAUUUUUUGAA